AUGAUCAUGCUCAUCGGCUCCUGUCACAUGUAUGGGCUCCACCUCUCCCGACUUACGCAGCUUCCGCUCGCCGGUACCUCCGCCGGCCAAUUUAUUUCCCAAGUAUGGUGGGAAAACAUGCAACUCCGCGCCGGCCAAUACGGGCACAUCACACCACGAUGGCUGGGCCGUACUGCGCUAUCCGCUCAACCCCUUCUGGCACAGCGCGAGAUAUGGCUCGCACAACAAAUGGGCACGGACCAGUCGGCUACAUACAACGGCCCCUGCGAGAGCUGCAGUACACGAAAGGACGACGUCUUGGCACCAGGUCACCGGUUCUGGUGGAUCGAUGCUAUCCUACAAGGCCGCACCGACCAAUGGUGGAGGACACUCGCAAACGAAAUCACAACGACGGCUGCAAUGGCCGGCCCGUAUGCGUACUGGUGUAUCUGCUACAAACACUCCACCGGUCACCGCACACGGGACGUAUUAGGGGCCACGUGGAACCUUCAAAUCCCGGCGGGACAACUACGAAUGCGCCACCACUCCAGAAUUACGUACUCAUCGCCGACGAGGUGGGCUGGGAUGACAAAUACGAACAAGGUGGACAUACACCUGGGGUACAUUGUGUCACCGGACACCAACACCAGCACGCUACCGACACACUGGGCCCACGCGCUUCAGCACUGGGGCCAAAUGAACGUGGCUCAUGUAUCCACCGCGCAACACUCUCCCCAGCCCCCCACCGGCGUACACUCAUGCACUCCGCUGGGAUGCCGAUACCGACGGCGACCCAGAAGAUCCGACGUGUACAGCUGGCUGCGAGCCAGUUUUCCCCUUAUCUACCGGGCGCCGGCCGCAUGGUAA